AGUCGCUCACGUGAUACCAUUAUAGCAAGACAUCUAGCGUCAAGAAAAGAAAAACGGAACGGUAAAAUUGUGCUCGACACCAGAAUACCUUAGCCCUUCAGACACUAUGUCGGAGUGAAACGCCAUAAUAGACGUAAUGUUAUGUGGAUUUCCGGCAAACAAUGAGAUCCGCAGGUGGUGUGCGCGUAUGACAAAUAGUUUGAACUUCCUGUGAACUCAAUCGCCUCGCGCUUCCCGUGACGACAGGUUCGAAACGCUCCUACAAAACGUGCCUCUCAACUGACGGGAAAGUCAUUUUCGUCCUCGAAGCUAGAAUAGCCGCAUCGCAUAAAAACAUCCAAGCCAAAACGACGCCGUGAUUUGCUGAAAAGAGUUCCCCCUCCCGUCCUCUUUUUUUCGCACGGUACGUAUAUCAGAAUGAAAGCUGCUCUCCUGCUCCUGCUGUGCGCAAUCGCUCUUUCGUCUACAGUCUGCGCAAAUCCCCGACACAGGUACAAGAAGUUAUCUCGGCGUGAAACUAGCACUGGUGCAAGGGAAGAUGAUGAAUCCAGCCCAGACGAAGAUGUGGGACAGCCGCUGUUCCUGACGCCUCUAAUUGAGGCAGAACAGUUCGAAGAAGCUUUGCAGAAAAGCAAAGUAGGCAACAUCGGUGACCUUCCCGAUGUGCUCAGCUACUCUGGUUUCAUCACGGUCAACAAGGAGCUGGGCAGUAACCUCUUCUUCUGGUUCUUUCCCGCCAAGGAAAACCCUGAAACUGCACCAGUGUCCCUGUGGCUACAGGGCGGACCAGGGACGUCCUCGUUCGAAGGCCUGUUCGUGGAGCACGGUCCUUACUACAUCGACGACAAUGGCGAUCCACAGCUGCGCGACAUCACCUGGACGCGCACCAUUUCGAUGUUGUACGUGGACAACCCGGUGGGCACCGGCUUCAGCUUCACGCAGAGCAAUGAGGGCUACGCGACCGACCAGGAUGACGUGAGCAGGGACAUGGUGGAAAUGUUGCAGCAGUUCUUCACGCUAUUCAGUGAAUACUCCUCCAACGACUUCUACCUGUCUGGAGAAUCAUACGCUGGAAAGUACAUCCCAUCGAUUGGUGCCCUCCUCCAUGAAUUCAGGGACCAGCUCCGGGUGCCAAUCAACUUGAAGGGCAUCGCUGUGGGCAACGGCAUGACAGACCCCAUUACCAUGCUUAUAUACGGGGACUUCUUGUAUUACAUCGGGCUCUUGGACAAGCGUCAAGCGAGUUACAUGCGAGAAGGGUGCAAUCGAGCGGCGAGCAUGAUCUGUGAGGAGGACUACCUGGGCGCCAGUCUGAUAGCGACUUCUCUUAUCUUAGGCACAGUCGCUGGAACGCCCACGCUCUUUGGAAACGUCACGGGAUACGAGUACGCCUACAACUAUCUACUCACAGAGAAACCCGAGUCGCACUCACGCUACAAGACGUUUCUUAAGACCCCUACUGCGCGCGAAGCACUCCACGUUGGGCAAGUGGAAUACGACGGCACCUCAACGGAAGUUGUGCUAUACCUAGCCGCAGACCUUAUGAAGUCUGUCAAGGACAAAUUGGCCAUUCUGGCGAACAAUUACAAGGUGUUAAUGUACAGCGGUCAUCUGGACAUCAUUGUCCCAUCCGUUGCAACCGAGACCCUCAUGUACACCCUGCCAUGGUCGGGCAGCGAGGAAUGGUCGAACGCCGAGAAGAAAAUCUGGCGCUCACCCGACGGUGAAAGCGUGCGAGGCUACGCCAAGAACGCAAAGAACUGCACGCUUGUCAUCGUCAGGGACGCAGGUCACAUUCUUCCAUACGACCAGCCAGAGGCGGCGUACGAUAUGAUCACCAGGUACAUGAACGACGAGCCGUUUGCGGAGUAGAACACGCACGUUAAUAACAAAUUCACGGACGAGCGUGUUACCCAAAGGCCGCCGUUUCGAUGGGACAAGAGACAUUAGGUUCUUGCCAGGGGCUGCGAUAUCUUCUUUUACUAGUACUAA